AUGUCCAGCAGGCUCCCCGACAGUAGCGGGCGUAAAGGUCGAGUUGGACAUCUGUUGGCUGCUUACUAUUCGAGAUCGGAUUCACAAGUAAGCGCGUACUCUAACCUGAUGCCCCCUCCCUUUUGCCCGGCUCGAUGGAGUCAGUCCCUGGGUCCACUUGCUGAUAUUUCUCUUGUCCAUUGUUCACUUCGACCGACGGUUUUCUAUCUGGAUGAUCCAACUGUCUGGAGAUCUGAGGAGCUCUCCUCUCCCCCCGAUACUCGCUCGUUCUUCCUCUCCAGCCCGAGCCUGCCUCCUCCGACUCGCGUCUUGAGACCCUAUCAGAAAAUCAGGCAGCUAGCAGCAGCAGCAGUCCACCCAGGGCAGGGAAUAGACCUGCCUCGCAUCCCCAUCUCGGUCGGUAGAUACCAAGACCACACUGAAGCCGUAGUUCAAGCAGUCUCUAGAAUUGAUAAGGACUACCGCACGUUGGCGAGUUGCGGCCUUCGACCAGAGAAGAUGCGGCGGAUCACAGAGCUCGCGAUCACUAGGGAGUUGGUCGACUCGGUGACCGAGCUCCUGAGACUUGAUGAGAUGAUUGCUUCAUUAACAGAGAGUGCUUCUACCUUGCCGAAGGCUAUGGAAGCUUACGAGGGCGCCAGAACUGCAGUAGAAGCGGUACCAGCGCUUCGCAGUUCACCAGCAAUUGUGGCGGUGCUGGCCAGAGCAUCUGACAUACUCGUAAAAGCUCGAAAGAGAAUAGGCGCUGAGGAGCAUUCGAGUCAACAGGGGUCGGCGGCAGUGGACCGCUCCGUUUCAGUAUCAGAUCAGGAACAUUCUCCGAGUGGUACGUAA